CAGCCCCCGCGGUUGCGCGCCGCCGCACGGAGCAGGGGCCGGGGUUUCGUUCGAGCGGCUGCAGCCAGUAGCUGCUGUGCCCCGGUCGGAAAGGGUCUCCGGCGCGGGGUUGCGUCACUUCCGCUCGCCAUUUCGCGCCUGUCCUCCGCCGCCGCCGUGCCGCCCGCUCGCCGCCGCCAUGACGGACCGGUACACCAUCCACAGCCAGCUGGAGCACCUGCAGUCCAAGUACAUCGGCACGGGCCACGCCGACACCACCAAGUGGGAGUGGCUGGUGAACCAGCACCGCGACUCCUACUGCUCCUACAUGGGCCACUUCGACCUGCUCAACUACUUCGCCAUCGCCGAGAACGAGAGCAAGGCGCGCGUCCGCUUCAACCUGAUGGAGAAGAUGCUGCAGCCCUGCGGGCCGCCCGCCGACAAGCCCGACGAGUCCUAGCCCCCCGCCCGGCUCCUGCUCCCGGGGCGGCGUGCCGCAGGGGCGGUGUGCCGCAGGGCCGGGCUGGCUGGAGCUCCGCGGAGGGGGCCUGCCUGCCAGCCGAAGCCGAGCCUGGCACCGCCGGACCGCCCCGGCGCUCGCAGGCAAGUCCGGGGAGCUGCCCCAGCACGGCCAACGUUGGUAUCCGCGGCCGCCCGCCCGGGGGACCCUUCUGCUGCAGUGUGGUGCUCCCGCGUAAAGACUCUUUCUAGGACUUCUUAGCCGUAUAAAAUGCUUCCUUCUGAACGGCUUCGUCUCAUGUAACUCUACAAUCGUUCGUGGUUUUUUUUAAUGACAAAUAAUAAAUCCUUCUGGGCAUUUACAA